AUGGUACCCCAAAAUCAACAGGUAUUACCUCUGAGCUGUGAAUAUAGCAACGGCGCCAAUGCAAGCACUCCUAGCAUCACAGCAAGCACGACCACAACAACAACAUCAGCUACAACCACCCCUAAGCCUUCACCUCCACAAUCCAUAUCACCGAUUUCGGAUCCACAAGAUCUCAGCUCAACUGCAAAACUUCUCCAACGCGCCUCGAGGAUUACUGAAAUGUGUUGGCAGAGGUUUCAGAACCCCGUAGCCUCCUCUCCACCUCCAGACUGCGAGGAUACACAACUCGUGGAACAAGUGCUUGAAGAAGUUCUUCCCUCCCUGAAGCUCUUUAAGGAUGUCCCAUCCUGCAACAAUGAACAAUGCUCUCUCAAUGGCACGGGUAUUGGUCACUUCCACUGUUUCCGCACUGGAUGUAUGGACACUGUGGAGAUGGAUCUAGACGACAGAAUCCCUGCAUUUGAGGAGACUGCAACCAUUUCCAGUGGAGAUAUGGACUCUUGGCGAGAGCACUGGUUCAUGCACGCGUGGCAGUCCAUCCUCAGCAUCAUCGGUUUUACUUGUUGCAGAGAGGAAACUUGCAAUUCUAGUAAAAGUGAAGCGAGGUCGCAUUUGCACUGCUACUUCUGGCCGAUGUGUAAUUUCACAAUUGACAUUGGUACUGCAUCACCUCCUAGACUGUUACGGCACUUGACAAGGCAUAAUCAACACUUAGGGACAACGAUUUAUCAGGUGAAAGAACAGUCUACCUCUUUACUAUCAGAGCUGGGUGGUGCAGCACAGAGGAAGCGUGGACGUCCACCGAAGCACUCCCGGGAUAUCCAUAUCCCUCGAUUGGAUAUCUCACCGGAGAGAUGUGUGGACGACCAUCCUAAUGUGCUUCUCACAAUGGAGGACUUUCUGUCCAAAGCGGAUAUGAUUGUUGGGGGCCUUAAGUUCUUCCCUGCUGAGGGUCCGUCCUGCGUGGAUCGUUGCUGUCCUUUCUACAUCACCAAACAGAGUCACUUCCAUUGCAUUCGACCUCGUUGUCACCUGGCUACAACCAACUUGGCCGUCGCGAACUCCCAUCGACGGGAAUUCCAUGCUUACGUCAUGAUUGAGCCGGGAUACGAGUACUUCGAUAGGUCUAUCGACUGUCGACGUCCAGCAUGCUACGCGAAAAGGGACACUGCGCACUACCACUGUCUUCGUCCACGAUGUGGUUACUCGUUUGUUCGAGUGAGUAAGAUGAGACAGCACACUGAGUUUCAUGAAGGUGGUGGUAACGCAGCAAGUGGCACUAGUGGCUGCGGAGUUGGAAGCGUGGAAAAAGGCGAGGAUAUUAUAGACCCCUAUUUUUACCGAACGCCGCCAAUUCUGCCCCCACUGGGGCUAGAAAAGGGUGGUGCCAUGGGAGAUUUUAUGCCAUUUCUGAUGCGAAUUCUUGCAGAACAGGUUAUUCCAAUAAAUAAGCCGGAGGUGACGGUGAACCUUCCGCUGGAGACAGUGGAAUCGAAUUCAACUGAGAGUGAGGAUAAAAUGGACUGGAAUGAAACAGCAGACAAGGAGGAAGUAGCGGAAGAGGUGACGACGGCGGUAGUAACCAACAAUUUAAUUACAAUGGAGGAGGAGGAUCAAGGUACGGAGAAGUUGGAAGCAGAUGAGACUGCGGUUGCGGUAAAUGCGAAAUCUACUUAG